AUGUCUCGCACCUCCGUCCGAGGAAUUCCUAUUACUUGUUCACAAAACGAUCAUGUCUCGAUUCCCUGUCUCGUCUCACCUCCCGUCCCCCCUUCCGUUCAGGACGAAUUCCCUUCCUAUUACUUGUUCACAAAAGACGAUCAUGUCUCGCACCUCCCGUCCGGGAAUUCCCUUCCUAUUACUUGUUCACAAAAGACGAUCAUGUCUCGCACCUCCCGUCCGUGGAAUUCCCUUCCCUAUUACUUGUUCACAAAGACGAUCAUGUUCACAAAAGACGAUCAUGUCUCGCACCUCCCGUCCGAGGAAUUCCCUUCCUAUUACUUGUUCACAAAAGACGAUCAUGUCUCGCACCUCCCGUCCGGGGAAUUCCCUUCCUAUUACUUGUUCACAAAAACGAUCAUGUCUCGAUCAUGUCUCAAAAGACGAUCACGUCUCGCCUCCGUCCGAGGAAUUCCCUUCCUAUUACUUGUUCACAAAAGACGAUCAUGUCUCGCACCUCCCGUCCGGGGAAUUCCUUCCUAUUACUUGUUCACAAAGACGAUCAUGUCUCUCGCACCUCCCGUCCGUAUUACUUGGAAUUCCCCCUUCCUAUUACUUGUUCACAAAAGACGAUCAUGUCUCGCACCUCCGUCCGAGGAAUUCCCUUCCUAUUACUUGUUCAAAAGACGAUCAUGUCUCGCACCUCCCGUCCGAGGGAAUUCCUUCCUAUUACUUGUUCUGAAAAGACGAUCAUGUCUCGCACCUCCCGUCCGAGGAAUUCCCUUCGUAUUACUUGUUCACAAAAAGACGAUCAUGUCUCGCACCUCCGUCUGUGGAAUUCCUCCCUUGUCCAAAAGACGAUCACGGAAUUCCCUCCCUAUUACUUGUUCACAAAAGACGAUCAUGUCUCGCACCUCCCGUCCGAGGAAUUCCUUCGUAUUACUUGUUCACAAAAGACGAUCAUGUCUCGCACCUCCCGUCCGGGGAAUUCCCUUCCUAUUACUUGUUCACAAAAGACGAUCAUGUCUCGCACCUCCCGUCUGUCUGGUAAAGAAUUCCCUUCCUAUUACUUUCACAAAAGUCAUCUCGCAAAAAUUCCUUCGUAUUACUUGUUCACAAAAGACGAUCAUGUCUCGCACCUCCGUCCGUGGAAUUCCCUUCCUAUUACUUGUUCACAAAAGACAAUCAUGUCUCGCACCUCCCGUCCGAGGAAUUCCCUUCCUAUUACUUGUUCACAAAAGACGAUCAUGUCUCGCACCUCCCGUCUGUGGAAUUCCUUCCUAUUACUUGUUCACAAAGACGAUCAUGUCUCGCACCUCCGUCCGAGGAAUUCCCUUCCUAUUACUUGUUCACAAAAGACGAUCAUGUCUCGCACCUCCCGUCCGUGGAAUUACCUUCCUAUCCAUUCACUUCGAGGAAUUCACAAAAAGACGAUCAUGUCUCGCACCUCCCGUCCGGGAAUUCCUUCCUAUUACUUGUUCACAACGAGACGUCUCGCAUCUCCCGUCCGGGGAAUUCCCUUCCUAUUACUUGUUCACAAAGACGAUCACGUCUCGCACCUCCCGUCCGAGGAAUUCCCUUCCUAUUACUUGUUCACAAAAAGACGAUCACGUCUCGCACCUCCCGUCCGGGGAAUUCCCUCCUAUUACUUGUUCACAAAGACGAUCAUGUCUCGCACCUCCCGUCCGAGGAAUUCCCUUCGUAUUACCGACGAUCAUGUCUCGCACCUCCCGUCCGGGGAAUUCCCUUCCUAUUACUUGUUCACAAAAGACGAUCAUGUCUCGCACCUCCCGUCCGAGGAAUUCCUUCGUAUUACUUGUUCACAAAAGACGAUCAUGUCUCGCACCUCCCGUCCGGGGAAUUCCCUUCCUAUUACUUGUUCACAAAAGACGAUCAUGUCUCGCACCUCCCGUCCGAGGAAUUCCCUUCCUAUUACUUGUUCGACGAUCAUGUCGCACCUCCCGUCCGAGGAAUUCCUUCGUAUUACUUGUUCACAAAAAGACGAUCUCCGCAUCCGUCUCGCAAUUCCUUCCUCCGAUCAUGUCUCAAGGAAUUCCCUUCCUAUUACUUGUUCACAAAAGACGAUCAUGUCUCGCACCUCCCGUCCGGGGAAUUCCCUUCCUAUUACUUGUUCACAAAAGACGAUCAUGUCUCGCACCUCCGUCCGGGGAAUUCUCCUAUUACUUGUUCACAAAAGACGAUCAGCUCGAACCUCCCGUCCGAGGAAUUCCUUCCUAUUACUUGUUCACAAAGACGAUCAUGUCUCGCACCUCCGUCCGGGGAAUUCCCUUCCUAUUACUUGUUCACAAAAGACGAUCAUGUCUCGCACCUCCUGUCCGAGGAAUUCCCUUCCUAUUACUUGUUCACAAAAGACGAUCAUGUCUGUCUCCCGUCCGAGGAAUUCCCUUCCUCCCGUCCAAAGGAAUUCCCUUCCCGUCCGGGGAUUACCUUCCUAUUACUUGUUCACAAAGACGAUCAUGUCUCGAACCUCCCGUCGGGGGAAUUCCCUUCGUAUUACUUGUUCACAAAAGGAAUCAUGUCUCACCUCCCGUCCGGGAAUUCCUUCCUAUUACUUUUCACAAAAGACGAUCAUGUCUCGCACCUCCCGUCCGGGAAUUCCUUCCUAUUACUUGUUCACAAAAAAACGAUCAUGUCUCGCACCUCCGGGGAAUUCCUUCCGUUCACAAAAGACAAUCACGUCUCACCUCCCGUCCGAGGAAUUCCUUCGUAUUACUUGUUCACAAAAGACGAUCAUGUCUCGCACCUCCUGUCCGAGGAAUUCCCUUCGUAUUACUUCUUCACAAAAGACAAUCAUGCUCGAUGAGGAAUUCCUUCGUAUUACUUGUUCACAAAAGACGAUCAUGUCUCGCACCUCCCGUCUGUGAAUUCCUUCCUAUUACUUGUUCACAAAGACGAUCAUGUCUCGCAAAGUCGAUUCCCCUUCAUUUGUUCACAAAAUCGAUCGUCUCGCACCUCCGUCUGUGGAAUUCCCUUCCUAUUACUUGUUCACAAAAGACGAUCAUGUCUCGCACCUCCCGUCCGAGGAAUUCCUUCGUAUUACUUGUUCACAAAGACGAUCAUGUCUCGCACCUCCCGUCCGUGGAAUUCCUUCCUAUUACUUGUUCACAAAAGACGAUCAUGUCUCGCAUCUCCGUCCGGGGAAUUCCCUUCCUAUUACUUGUUCACCAUCCCGUCCGAGGAAUUCCUUCUAUUACUUGUUCACAAAGACGAUCAUGUCUCGCACCUCCCACGAUCAUGUCUCGCAUUCCCGUCCGUGGAAUUCCCUUCCCUGCAUUUGUUCUGAAGACGAUCAUAUCUCGCACCUCCCGUCCAUGGAAUUUCCUUCGUAUUACUUGUUCACAAAAGACGAUCAUGUCUCUCCCGUCCGAGGAACCUCCCGUCCGAAAAGGAAUUCCUUCCUAUUACUUGUUCACAAAAGACGAUCAUGUCUCGUAUCACCUCCGUCCGAGGAAUUCCUUCCUAUUACUUGUUCACAAAAAGACGAUCAUGUCUCGCACCUCCCGUCCGUCAUAUUCCUUCCUAUUACUUGUUCACAAAAGACGAUCAUGUCUCGCACCUCCCGUCCGGGAAUUCCCUUCCUAUUACUUGUUCACAAAAAGACGAUCAUGUCUCGCACCUCCUGUCCGAGGAAUUCCCUUCCUAAAGACGAAUGUCUUCGCACCUUGGAAUUCCCUUCCUAUUCUUGUUCACAAAAGACGAUCAUGUCUCGCACCUCCCGUCCGGGGGAAUUCCUUCCUAUUACUUGUUCACAAAAAGACGAUCAUGUCUCGCACCUCCUGUCCGGGGAAUUCCUUCCUAUUACUUGUUCACAAAGACGAUCAUGUCUCGCACCUCCCGUCCGAGGAAUUCCUUCCUAUUACUUGUUCACAAAAGACGAUCAUGUCUCGCACCUCCCGUCUGUGGAAUUCCCUUCCUAUCCUCACAAAAGUCCAUUAUGUCUCCACCUCCCGUCCAAGUUUCCCUUCGUACGAUCAUUUCGCAAAAAAAAGACGAUCAUGUCUCGAUCCCGUCCGUUCCCUUCGCAUUACUUGUUCCAAAAGACGAUCAUGUCUCGCACCUCCCCCGAUCAGAAUUCCCUUCCUAUUACUUGUUCACAAAGACGAUCAUGUCUCGCACCUCCCGUCCGAGGAAUUCCUUCCCUAUUACUUGUUCACAAAGACGAUCGUCUCGCAUCUCCCGUCCGAAUUCCUUCACAAAAAGACGAUCAUGUCUCGCUUCCCGUCCGAGGAAUUCCCUUCGUAUUACAAAAGACGAUCAUGUCUCGCACCUCCCGUCCGAGGAAUUCCCUUCCUAUUACUUGUUCACAAAAGACGAUCAUGUCUCGCACCUCCCGUCCGAGGAAUUCCUUCGUAUUACUUGUUCACAAAAGACGAUCAUGUCUCGCACCUCCCACGAUCAUGUCUCGCACCUCCCGUCCGAGGAAUUCCUCCGUCGAAAAAUCAUGUCUUCUCCCGUCCGAGGAAUUCCUUCGUAUUACUUGUUCACAAAAGACGAUCAUGUCUCGCACCUCCCGUCUGA